UGCCACCAGAGAAGGAUCUUUGGUUGGAGAUCCCUCCCUUGUGGAGUCUGUGAGCCUAGAUCUUUGGAGAUGGGUGUAUUCUUUUCCUGUUUGUCCCUUUUGCCAUUUCAUUCCUGUAUCACCUUUCCACCAUGCUGAUCUUUCCAAUGUAUGCUACAUGUUCAUACUUUACCACUCUUGUUCCUGAAUUAAUAGGAAACACCAGAGUAUAUAAAAUUAAAUUAAAUCAGAUUUAUUGAGGGCACCUGAAUGUUAGGUUAUUAAGGCAGCAGGUGUUACCUAUGCUCCUGAACUCUGAAAGCUUCUCAGUAUCACAGUAUCACAGUAGCUGCAGUGACACCAGGCUUACAGUUGCCGUGGGCAAGUUACUGUUUCUCAUCUUAUUAAUUGCACUGCAGAAUGUAUUUCACUGUAUUUCACAGCUGUUCUUCCAUCUAGAUGGGGAGGAGCAUCAGGAAAGUCUGCAGCUUUAUGUUCUUCAUCACCACUUGAGCAGUUUCCAGUGUCUCAGGAUAUAAGGCAGCAACCAAGUAGUGCACAUGGUCCCAUGUAGCAGCAGGCUACAAAAGUACUUCUUUGGAGCACUGCACUCUUCUGCUCCCCUUCCUCCCAAGCAGACCUGACCCUGUGCUGGUAGCCGAUGCCCUCACCAAGCCCUGGGGCUGCCCCUUUACCCUCUGCCUCAGCACCCACACCCUCACCCACCUGCCCUGCUUCCAGCCUUACAGGGCCAAGUUUUUCCUUGCUUGGGUCCAUUUUUCCCUGCUGCAAAGCUUUUCCAAAUAGGGUGUAAGGUUAUUUAUUGUGUUUCUCUUAACUUUUCCUUUCGCCUGGAGAUUGUACAGAGCCUGAAAGUAAAGAGAAAUGCCAGGUGUGGGUUUUUUAGGUCACUAUAAACGACACGCUUAGCUGCUUUCAGAACACAUAAGCCACGGGAUGUCAUCUGGGGUAAACAGGGGAGGCUGAGGACUGGAAAGGUGUUGGUAUGAAUAAAUUGGGGUCACACAGAGGAACUGCACUUAUGCAUCCAAGCAGCUGCUUUUAUCUCCACACCCUCUUCCCUUUUCCUCAAAGCAUCCAUAUCCUGCUUGUAACAAAGAUCUUUUUGUGUCGCUGGGUUUUCACAUUCUGUCAGGCAGCCUAUCAUAAGAAAGCCCAAAUCUACUCAAUAGUAAAACGAGGGAUUAUUUCCACUCAUCUGUUGACAGACAUUUCUCCAAAUUGGAUCAAAUGAUUAAAGGUAUUAGAAUGACGUCUUGCAGAUCCAGAUCAAAUCAUUUGAAACCUUGAGACUGUCUCUCCUUUGCUUGGAAGGAACCACCAGAAAUAGUUGUAGGUGCUAAUUGCCCAUUACUCUUACUAAUGUGAAUUUGUGAAUUUGGAUCUUAUUCUACUUGCUUGAACCCGAGUGUGGGGAGCUGAAGAUGGAGGGACCAUGCAGCACUUCACUCUGGGCUGUGUCAGCCGGAGCUUUUCUAAACGCCUGAAUGGUUCUUUCUCGAAUCGCUUACACGGAAAAGAGAGGUCCAGGCUGCAAAAGGUUUCAGCGUCUCACGUAUUGCGACGAUGGCUCUGCUGAAAGUCAAAUUCAACCAGAAGAAACGGGUAAAACUAGCCCAGGGACUAUGGCUCAUGAACUGGUUUUCAGUCUUUGCUGGAAUCAUUGUUUUUAGCAUGGGGUUGUUCCUCAAAAUUGAGCUCCGGAAGCGAAGCGAAGUGAUGGACAAUUCUGAAAGCCAUUUUGUGCCCAAUUCCUUGAUACUGAUGGGUAUAUUAUCCUGCGCCUUCAAUGGUUUUGCUGGCAAAAUUUGUUACGAUUCUCUGGAUCCCGCUAAAUUUGCCAAGUGGAAGCCUUUGCUGAAACCUUACCUGGCACUGUGCUUCUUCUUCAACAUACUCCUCUUCUUGGUCGCUCUGAUUUGCUUUCUCAUGCGGGGCUCCCUGGAGAGCACACUGGCUCAGGGGCUGAAGAACAGCAUGAAGUUCUACCGAGACACAGACACCCCUGGAAGGUGCUUCAUGAAGAAGACAAUCGACAUGCUCCAAAUCGAGUUCAAGUGCUGUGGGAACAAUGGCUUCAAAGACUGGUUUGAAAUUCAGUGGAUCAGCAACAGAUACCUGGACUUCAGCUCCAAAGAAGUGAAAGAUCGAAUCAAAAGCAACGUGGAUGGACGGUACCUGGUUGAUGGCGUCCCCUUCAGCUGCUGCAACCCCAGCUCCCCGAGGCCCUGCAUCCAGUACCAGGUCACCAACAACUCAGCUCACUACAGCUACGAUUACCAGACGGAGGAGCUCAACCUCUGGGGCCGUGGCUGCCGGGAAGCCCUCCUGCACUACUACAGCAGCAUGAUGAGCUCCAUGGGUGCUGUCGUCCUCCUUGUCUGGCUUUUUGAGAUGUCUGUGAUGGUUGGCUUGCGUCUUUUGCACACCUCUCUGGAAAGCAUCGCAAAUCCUGAAGACCCCGAGUGUGAAAGUGAAGGGUGGAUUCUAGAGAACAGUCUGAAAGACACUCUGAAGUCUGCAUUGGAGAGCUUGAAAAAGAUUGGUAAGUUCAAUCAGGUGGAAGCAGGUGCCGAAGGGGCUGAAGGAGAAGAAGCUGGGAAGACUCCAGCCAUCACAACAGUCAGUUGAGCUUCUAAAUGAUGCGAACUCUGAUCAAAGAGGAAUGAAAAAACUGAGGAUUGGGUAUACCUGCUUUUUGAAAGCUAUGUAUCAACCAUCAGAAUGCGCGUUUCUACACAUGCUAUUUUUUUUUAUUAUUGUUAUAUACAGAAGGAUACAGCAUAGUGCACCUUGGGAUGAUGCAUUUAUCCACUCAGUGAGUACACCAUAUUCAUAACUUCUGGGGGGAAAUGACCCCCCUAGGACUUUCAGUACUCACGUGUUCCCUUACCAGGGACUGCUAACAUUAAAAAGAAAUCAUCAUAAUCGUUGGCACCACACUGAUCCAUUCCAUCUUAUUUUGAAAUCAAAAGUGGCAUUUGAAAUGUUAGUAUUUUUUUCUCAAGUUGGCUUACCAUCAUGCUUAAUGUACGUUAACCUAUAAGGACAAAUGUCUUGGUUUUCUGGAGAGUAACACGUUAAAAGUCAAAGGAAGAAUAAUAUCCAGAGCUGUAUAUAAUAACUUAGUGUUUUGACAGACCUCUCAUAUCAUGUGUUUUUUUGUUGAUGUGCUAAGCAAUGGUAUUUUCUGCUGUAUUAAGAUGUACUUCAUAGAACAAAACGUUAUUCUGAGAACUUAAGUACUAAACAAAAGUCGUAACUUAAAGAACAGAGCGAGCAUGAAAACAAGACCAAGGUAAGAUUUAUGGGUUUUGUUCUUGUUGUUUUCUUUUUUCAGUCGGUAUAUCCUCAAUGUAUCCUCAUUGUAGAUUUAUGCUUUACCUUGUACUCAAACAAGCAGAAGUUUAGGAGAUUUCCUCAGGUAGUGGGUGGAACCAAUGCUAUGAGCAUGUGCCAGUCAGGGCUAUUCUGGGUGUCUGUAAAUACAUAAUCUCAUAGCUUUCUCCAUGGUAUUCAAGCCCAACUACUUCUACAUCUAAAAUUAAAAAAUUUUAAAAAUUAAAAAAAAAAAAGAAAAAAGAAAAAAAAAUUAAAAAGAGGAUACUUAGAACAAACACUUGAACUGUUUUCCAGUGUCAUAGCAAAUGGAUCCCAUUCAUUGGUAAGUACAUCAAGCCUCAAACUUUGAGGCUGGAGAAAUGUAAAUUUAAAUCUGCCCCCAGCUUGAAAACUUCGCAACCCUUGUUUUCCUUCAUCAGUGACCGAGUUCCCUUCAUUGUAUCCUACAAGUCAAAGGGAAAGUAUGUUUUGCAUGUGCUGCCUGUCUCCAAACAUUGGUUAUAGAUGGAGGACCCUGUUUUAAUACAUAAAAUUGCAAUAAACCAUGGGAAGCUUGCUGUGGUACACAUCCUUCAGUAAAGGAGCAGGACAUCAUCUUGAGUCUUCCUACAGCUGCCAGAUAAGUUCAGCUAAAGGGAAAGAAACCAGAGAGAGCAAAAGCUGACCUUCCUGUUCCGCACACCACCAUCCCUCAGCUAAGAGACAGACUCCACACUCAGGUCUUGCUCUGCUGUGCAACACUUCUACUCUUCUGUGGUGCACCUCAGGGAGUUUUCUCAGCAGGUCCCGUCCACUGGCUGGUGGCCGUUCUUCAAACCAGCCAUGUUUGUGGCUGCCUGAGCAUUGCACAGCUCCUUGGUUUUCAUUCUCAGUUGUUUGUGCUCUCACUCCAGCGGCACUGCAGAAUUACAGCUCCUCUGGCUUUUCAGAGUGAUACGCAUUUCCUCCUAGAUGGGCAGACCAGUCCAUGACAGGACAGGUAGGAAUGUAUCCAUGCAUCAAUCUGGGGUCUCUGUCCCAGGGGCCAAGCUGCUUCAGGCCACCUGCAUGCAAGGCUCGAAUUUGACAGGUAUUUAUGGCACACUUUAAUUUUUUGAAAGCUGAUGACAGCUUUAACCUUUAGUUACAAUAACAAAGAAAAAACGCAAAGCCAACUCUGAAGUACACAUAAGAGCAAAUGGAAAGAGGGGACCAAGCUAAAAGCCAACUUGCUAUUCACCACAGCCUAUCGUUGAUUGCUUUGCUGAGGGAAACUGCACAGCAGAACUGGGUAGAACAGAGCAGUUGCUUUCUUCUCGGUGAGAAAUCCAUUCAACCAGCCGCUCGUCUCAGCUGGCCCGUGAGAGAAGAACAAGGUUUCAAAGGGUGUGUGACGCAGCCCCAUUUGGCUGAGAAGAGCUUUUUGGAGGAAACACAUUAUGAACAGGGGCUGCAUUACAAGGAUUACAGUUUUUCCUUGUGAAGCUUCAGUGUGCUGUGAUCCACACAGGUUAUUUGGCCAGACAUCAGGUUUUUCAGAGAGAUCUAGAUCUAUUGCUGUCUUAGAAAUUCAGUUUAGGAUGUUACUUUAGACGAGACUCUGCAGUUGUUUGUGGUCUCCAUCCUAUUCAGUUUGUUGCUAGGGAGGCAGAUUGUCAGAUUAUCACUUUGACACCACCUUGGAGAAGCCAAUUCCAAGAGCAAUGCUGUCACUGCAUAAGUUGGGUAGAGACCAUCUGAGGGCGGGUUUAUGAAGAAUAAUACUGGGAUUGGGGUUUUGUGCAAGUAAGAACCAAUAUAUGUAUGCUCACACUGUCUAAAAUAAACCCUCUUUAAUGA